AGCUUAUGGGAGACCUGGCUGCCGUUACACCACUGCUGAACUGAUCCUCAUCGUCAUAGUGACCGGCUCGCUCAGCUUCAUCACCGUCCUGGGCAACGUUCUGGUGAUGCUGUCAAUCAAAGUCAACCGCCACCUCCAGACAGUCAACAACUACUUCCUGUUCAGCCUGGCGUGUGCUGACCUCAUCAUCGGUCUGCUCUCCAUGAACCUCUACACCCUCUAUAUCGUGAAGGGCUACUGGCCCCUGGGUGCGGUCAUCUGUGACCUGUGGUUGGCCUUGGACUACGUGGUCAGCAACGCUUCGGUUAUGAACCUCCUGAUCAUCUGCUUCGACCGCUACUUCUGCGUGACCCGACCAUUGACCUACCCAUCCAGGCGGACCACCAGACUGGCUGGGCUGAUGAUCACAGCAGCCUGGCUCCUGUCUCUGUUCCUUUGGGCCCCGGCCAUCCUCUUCUGGCAGUCCUUCGUCGGCAAACGGAUCGUCCCUGAUGGGGAGUGCUACAUCCAGCUCCUGUCCAAACCCUCGGUUACACUGGGGAUGACGCUAUCCGCAUUCUACCUGCCGGCGGUCAUCAUGAUUGUCCUGUACACCCGGAUCUCCUUUGCCAGCCGCAGUCGCCUCACUGCAGAGCUGCAUAGUAGCAGAGCGAGGACCUCUAGUGGACGACCGAAACAAAGCUGCCAUCUGAAGAGGAGCUGCGUCUCAACCCAGACAGACACUGAGCCAAAGAGCGACUUGGCCAUUUCCAUCGAAGCAGAGACGAUUGUCUGCGCUAAGCAGGGGAUUAUCAAGGCCCUGAAAGACUCUACAGAGCAGGCCAACAAUAAUGUCAUCCCCACUUCAGACGUUACCCCCUCUCUAGACCAAUUACCUAGUGAGAUUAACCAAGACUGCAGAUGGUCCAACAGUAGGGUCACGUUCAAUCGCACAGGGGAUAAGAACAGCUCUGCUACCAAGGUCUCCCAGCCAAGCUCUAUCCUUAAUGGCUCCAAUACAACUAGUCAGCUCAGAAAAAUAUUUUCCCCAUUUCCCAGCUUCAGUAAGACCCAGGUGAAGAGGAGAAGGAUUGUAGCGAGGGAGAGGAAAGUGACCAAGACUAUUUUUGCUAUUCUCCUGGCCUUCAUUCUCACCUGGACUCCUUAUAGCGUCAUGGCCAUCAUUGGCACCUACUGUCACUUCUGUGUCCCAGACACAGCGUGGACCAUGGGCUACUGGCUGUGUUAUAUCAACAGCACAGUCAACCCAGUGUGCUAUGCACUGUGUAACGUCACCUUCAGAAAGACCUUCAAGAACCUACUGAGGUGUCAGUACAGAAACACAGGUGUUGAAGUGAGGAUGAUGUGAGCUACUCUAUUAUAAUAUGUGAUAGAACAUUUGAUUAUUUAAGGAAGAUGCAUUUUGAUUGAUGGACUAUGACGAGAAUUGUCUAUGUAAAAUAGUAUCAAAAAUUGAACAAAAUGUUUCGAAGCAGCACAUUAAAAGGUAUGACAUCCAAAGCCUAAACUGUACUAAGCCAAUCCUUUGUAACAACUGUAUAAUGUUGUUCAAAUAAUGCCGUUCCUCUGUCUGCUGACAAUUCUAUAUGCCUCUUGCUU